UAGUUCGUUCUAUUCGCAUCUUUGUUCUAUUUUCUCUAUAAGAAAACCUCAAAUGCAGGAUUGCGUUUUCCGAUCUCCAAGUUUUCUUCUUCAAGAGGAUCACUACCUUCGUUGAGAUUCAUUAACAUUGAUUCGUUAGAAGUCAGUGUUCGAUUUUAGUCGAUUCGAUUUGCUGAUAUUGAAUUUGUUACGUCGAAGAUUCUGAAAGAUCUCAACAAUCAUGUCAUACGCCUACCUGUUCAAGUACAUCAUCAUCGGAGAUACCGGGGUUGGAAAAUCAUGCCUUCUUCUGCAGUUCACAGACAAGCGUUUUCAGCCAGUUCAUGAUUUAACAAUUGGUGUUGAAUUUGGUGCCAGAAUGAUAACAAUUGACAACAAACCAAUAAAGCUGCAGAUCUGGGAUACGGCGGGUCAGGAAUCGUUUAGAUCUAUAACACGGUCAUACUAUAGAGGUGCUGCUGGUGCACUUCUGGUUUAUGACAUCACUAGGAGGGAAACUUUCAAUCACCUUGCAAGCUGGUUGGAGGAUGCUAGGCAGCAUGCAAAUGCAAAUAUGACUGUUAUGCUUAUUGGUAAUAAGUGUGAUCUUGCACAUAGACGAGCUGUUAGUACUGAAGAAGGAGAACAAUUUGCCAAGGAAAAUGGUCUAAUAUUCAUGGAAGCCUCCGCAAAAACAGCACAGAACGUUGAGGAGGCAUUUAUCAACACUGCUGGAACGAUUUACAAGAAGAUUCAGGAUGGAGUUUUCGACGUAUCAAACGAGUCUUACGGGAUUAAAGUUGGAUACGGCGGUAUCCCUGGGCCAUCAGGAGGAAGAGAUGGCACCCCUAAUCAAGCAGGAGCCUGUUGCAGUUAAAAGAAAAGGGCAAACAAGUUAAUGGCUUUGAUCCAAUUCCAAUUCUUUGUGUUCUUUCUGACCACGGCAUUUCUAGCUUUUUCUCCUUUGACUCCCAACAUUCAUGAAUAGAUCGCUCUUUUCUUUCGAUUCUUGCAUAAUCCAACAUAUGUAAAAUUGGUGUCAGCUUGAAAUCAGAUGAAUUGGUAUAUAUAUUUAUUUAUUUUAUUUGUUGAA